AGCGUUCUUCUUCGCAAGUAGAAGGUGGAACACGUCUCGCGCGCAAAGUAUUAUUCCUCGUCUCGUGCACGACCUAUAGCUGCUUUCUUACCUUCGUGCAGUGAAACCACUCAGAAUCGUGCUUUUCCUACUUUAUACGUCACCAGCGAGGUUAUCGCGACUGGUGUUUUUUCCGCGCUCUAAUUAUUUCGGUCAGUGUUGCUACGCGCAGUGAAUAUUGUCCGUGAGUCGUACCGCAGUUCCUCCUCGGCGAAGGAAGUAGAGAACGGGAAACUGUGCUUGAUCCUAUUUUUCCUAUUACCUAUAAUAUAUUUAGCAAAACCUAUUCAGUGAACCGAACAGUGCAUUCUAAUCGUGUUAUGUAUACUCAGGAUACCUGAGUUAUUAGCCGUGGACCAUGUACUGAGGAAGGUGGCGCGCAAUUUCGUGAAGUGAGAUUUUGUUGGGUGAAGAAGACACAACAGCGAAAAUGAUGGGAAAACGCACUCAAUGUUAUUUGUGCGAUUUACCCAGGAUGCCCUGGGCUAUGAUCAUGGAUUUUUCAGAACCAGUGUGUCGCGGAUGCGUCAAUUAUGAAGGCGCCGACAGAAUAGACCUUGUCCUAGAGUCAGCCAAACAGCUCAAAAAAGCUCAUGGGUUCCAGGAGUCUAGACCCUCUGCAUCGAAAACUUACAGGACUUCCACACACACCGAGCACAACGGCGGCACGAAUCUCGAUGUUUUACCGAUACAGAAUGCGGGCCAGAGCCACUCAAGGCAUCACAACAUCGCCGGGUACUCACAGCUGCACCACAGGAACUCCAUAACGGAAUUCAACUCCGGUUCCAGACAGCAGCUGACUCGACAGCAUGAGGAGACUCACGAGAUUGCAAAUGGCAUGAGGAGCAAUAAUGUGCAGAGGAUGUCCAGCGCUCAUCUUGCCGCUGUAGCUCAUCAUGUUAAUCUUAGUCAUAGCCGGGGCAUCACCCAGCUUAAGAGAGGAAUCUCGACUAUCGAUGAAGACGAGCACGCCGAAAAGCGACUCUCUCUCGAGGAACAACACCCCGUCAGGCCACCCUUGACAAGGGGAGAUUCCCUCCCGGCUGUGAGCCUUGCAGUCAGUUACGUGCAAGAUAGAACCAAGGAGAAACAUCCGGUGAGGGCUCCCAGCUUCGACACCGCCACCACUUUCAAGGCCAAUGGAGCCUAUGUUGGUCCGCAAAUUCCAUUGGCCCCAGCUAAUGUGCAAACAAAUGGUGGAGGAUCUCCUUUACGUCCAAGAACAAGUCCACCACCACCACCUCCACCAUCUCAGGAAAGCACAGGGGAAAAUCAACAGGCCAAUCAUCAUCAGGGAGCCACAAGCGGUCCGUCCCCGAUGGCCGCCCUGAUGUCAGUCGCAGAUAAUCUAACAUCCCCCGAGCCAGUGCCACAACCACCAAAUAACACGAGUCCCACCAGCAGAAGCCCACCAACCACAGCCGCAAAUGCUCAACAGCAACAACAGCGUAGUGCUUCGAGAGGCUCGCAACACAGCCCAAAUGGUUCAGGGUCUUCGGGUAGGAGGUCAAGUGGCUCUCGACACGUGUCAUCGACGACGGUGACGACGUCUUCAGAAGGUGCGGUGGCUCAAGCACCAGGAGCUGAACCAGUUUCAGCGCCAACUUUAAAAUGCACAUUGUGUCAGGAGCGUUUAGAAGACACACACUUUGUUCAGUGCCCGAGUGUUCCGCACCAUAAAUUCUGUUUCCCCUGCAGUCGGGAUAGCAUAAAGAGGCAGGGUGCCGGUUCAGAGGUUUAUUGUCCGAGUGGCGAAAAGUGUCCACUGGCCAACAGUCAAGUGCCAUGGGCUUUCAUGCAGAAUGAGAUCGCGACAAUUCUGGGUGAGGACGCGCCGAGCACUGGUCUCAAAGUAAAAAAGGAGCGCGAAACUUAAAAGCCUUCUCAUGAAGGUCGAGGCUGAAAUUUUCCACCCUUAACCGGGUGUUUUUGAUAAAACCGUGAAGGUUCAUCAAAAUUUGUUUUGGAUGGUGGCAGACGUUGGUUUGGAGGACCAAUCGUCGACACGAGCCGAAGACGUGGGUGUGAUACCUGUGUGAUGUUAUUUUGAGACGAUCAAGAAUUUUGUAUCGACAUUUUCGAGUGUCGUUGAAGUUACCGCAAGAGAUAUGUUGGUUGGUUUUUGAGCAGCAGUCUUUGGCAAUUUUUGUGCUGGCACAGGUUCUGUACAUAGUUAUGUAAUAGCGGAGAAUAUACGAAAGAGCAUUUUUUUUUGCCAAGUUCUCGAGACAAGCUACGAAAAGAAAACGUAACAUCCUUUAUCGAACGCAAGGAUUUGUGACCUUUUUGGGUUCGUACUUAGGCUUGAUCGCCUUUCUUCAUUGUCUUUGUAUUUCGCGCUGAACGGAGUACGAUUGCGAAAAAUUUUAUCGAUAUUUUGUACCAUAUUUUUAGCAACCGAUUCGGUGCUGUAUUUUUUGUUGUGACGAUUAAAAACCGUCUCUAUGUUGAUCCCUUUGGACAAUAUAUUUUUUUUUGUAUUAUAAGCACGACGAAUAUCUUUGACCCAGCGCUUCGGGUUUUCUGUACAUUCUGUAUAUGUGUACAUAUAUUAUUAUAUUAAUAAAACAGUAUGAUUGAAAGAGUAAUUAUCUUUUAAUGUACAAAAUCGUAAUUUCAUGCUUCUUUUUUUAAAUUAUUCCUAGGUAUUGCACAAAUCAUUCUCAAUUUCACCAAAAAUUGCUGAAUUUUUUUAAAGACUAGACGGGAUUCAUUCGUGUAUCCGCUGUAUGAAAACCUUUUGAACUUUAGUUAAACGCUUCCAGGGUCUUUUAUAAGUGCACUCCUACUUAGUCAGCAUUGGAUGUGCAAACUUCUGUAUAUAUUUGUACAAAGAAACAGGAUAAACGAUUAUUGUACGUGUAAGCGUAUAUUUGCGAGAUUGAACAGAAAAGAAGUGAGAGACGCUGUGCAUUUUCGAUCUCUUUUAAGAGGUGUUCAGGGUCUCUGGCAACUUUUUGCGAAUUGUAUGUUGGAAUUUGGUUCGAUAGUCAAAUGACGAAACAAAAUAAAAAUAACCAAGAAAGCAUCUUAUGAUGAAAAGAUUUUAAAAAAUGGCAUGAUUAACUGUAGCAACACAUACAGCGACCGUACGUGAUUUUUCUCAUCCCCGUUGGUAGUUCCUACCCUUUGAUGCCAAUACAACUUUUUAAGAACGAAUGCGCUUCUCUUACCGCGAGGAGUGGAAACCAAAUAUUGUAUUUUUUCUAUGUUCGGGAACAUUUUAUAGAAAAAGCUACAAAAAAGAUAAACAUGGCCCCAAUCUGUGAAAUGACAACUUUUUGAAAAAGUUUUUUUCGAGGCGAACGCUUGUUGUCGAUAAAAAAGAAACGCUUCUCAAAAGAAGGUAUUUUCGUCCGAUUUGUUAUCAACGCUCAGAUUUGUUAUGGAAAAUUCGAAUUAAAAAAAAACGAAUUGACGAUUUCUGACAAUCAGAAGUCGUAAGUAACGACAGACCACGAAACUUACGAAUAACGCCUUUGCGAAAUGAACUAUUUUUCACUGUUCAGUUGGCGAUCGUGAAUAAUGAUUUUGAAUUGCACAAAGUUACUUUUUUCACGAUGCAUGGCAAUCAACGUGAGAUUGCUCUUUGGUUUCCAGGUACUCUCGAUGUAUUUUAUUUGCUAGUCAUAAGCUUUUUACUCUCUGGUCAAAUUUGAAAAAAAAUAGAAGGUUGUGCAAAUUUGGAUUUAAGUUCUAAAUUAGUCUGGAAGUCGUGAGCAAUUUCAUUAUUUGUUGAACAUGCUGCGUACGAAGUAGGCACGUCUUCCCAAAGACACAUGGACAGUGACUCUAGUUUUGUAUAUGAUUCAAAUUGUUUUCUAUAUUUCUUGUACGAUCACAAUAAGGACACAAAAUACGUUUAAUAGCAAUUGUAGUAGUGGAUAAUAAAAAUUUUCUAGUGUACCAUACUUCGAGAAACGCGUUACAUUGUACUGUUUAUCGUAUGUAUGCAACAAGCAAAAACAAAAUAUAUGUGUUGAUGUGUAACAAA